AUGCCCCCAUUUCUGGGCCUUCGAGGCAACCGCCUCAAUGUCGCGGCCCUGUUGGGAGUGAUGAUGCCUUCCAUCGUCUCAUUUGGUUACAACCAGUCAUUACUGGGCGGAGUGUUGACUUUGGAUAGCUUUGAAGAGCAAUUCCAUGAAAUUAACGUGACCAAUUCUUCUAGCGUUGCUGAGAAGGCUCAAAAGUCCACAGUUCAGGGCACCAUCGUUGCACUGUAUGCUGUUGGUGGCUUAUUUGGUGCCCUUUCGUGCAUUGGUUUCGGCGACCUCUUGGGUCGUCGGCGGGUCAUCCUUGUGGCAGCCUUUAUGCAGAUGGUUGGAGCAAUCUUGAUGGCGAGUGCUUUCGGGUUUAUCCAUCUCAUCAUUGCUCGUCUGAUCCUUGGACUUGGAUGUGGUGGUUUAGUCGCUACAGCACCAAUUUUGCAGUCUGAGAUAUCGUCACCUCAAAAGCGAGGAGCACAUGUGGCGACAACUGGUCUUUUUGCUGGAUUGGGUACAUCGCUUAGUCUGUUUUUGGACCUUGGGAUGUCUUUUGCUCCUGGGAGCGUGGGGUGGCGGUUCCCGUUUGCUUUCCAAGUCCUGUUUUCAAUCACUAUUAUUGGUGCCGUUUCGUUUAUGCCAGAGUCGCCUCGCUGGCUGAUACAACAACAUCGUGCUACAGAGGCUCGCGAGAUUCUAGCCGCCUUGGAGGAUGUCAAGCCCGACGAUUCCAAGAUAGAUGCCGAAAUCGAGGCUAUUCAACUCUCCCUCAAGCUUUCUGGUGAAGGGUCUCUUGUGCAAAUCUUCCAAAUGGGGCCACAGCGAGUUUUCCACCGAGCGAUGCUUGCCGCCAGUGUCAUGUUGUUCCUGCAACUGACUGGUAUAAAUGUCAUCACGUUCUUCACCAACACUAUAUUCGAACAAUACCUUGGGCUCGACUCCGUGACCUCCAGAGUUCUAGCAGCUUCAUACCAGCUCGUCAGUCUCGUUGGCGGCACAGUGUGCAUCUUCACAGUGGAAGCUUUUGGUCGACGAGGCUUGAUGCUAGCUGGUGCCGCAGGCAAUGCCAUAUGCAUGGCUCUUGUAGCCGGCCUAGGAUCUCAGCCGACCAACAAGAUCGCAAUGCAUAUUGCGGUGGUAUUCAUCUUUCUAUACCACUUCACUUUCAUUGUUGGUUUCGGAGGAGUGUCCUUCUUGUAUGUUGGAGAGAUCGCACCAUUGAAGAUGCGUGCCACUAUCAACGGCAUCAGUGUCGGCACCUUCUGGGCCUUGAAUAUUCUGAUCGCUGAAAUCACGCCAAUUGCGUUCAAUGCUAUUGCAUGGCGCUUUUUCAUCAUUUUUGCUGGAUUGAAUGCCAUCAUGGUGGUACUUGUGUACUUUUUGAUUCCCGAAACCGCUGGCCGCAGUCUGGAAGAGGUGGAUCAGAUUUUCGUCUCCUCUACUAGCAUUUGGGAUUCGGUUUGGGUAGCUAAACGCCUACCGCGCUUGGGUUCGGGAGCUGCGCAGAAGCCAGCGGAGAGUCACUCAAAGAUUUGCCCGUGA